UGCCACACAAGUCUGGUUGGUAUCCUUGGUGAUGGUGAAUAGUUGAGACAAAUGCAGAGCGUUACAGGAAGAGUUAGACAGAGAGAAAGAAAGAGAAAACUACCUUCAUAGAGACAUUAAACGAAAUUGUUCAACAUAUUAAGCUUGUUACCAGCCAUACAGACACAUUUACACACUCGGUCAUGGAGGGUGAUGUGGAUGAAGAUGACGGGACUUUUAUUAACAUCUCACUGGCUGAUGAUUCAGCUGAAGGGGAACGGACAGCCCUGCGCUCCAGACCAGAGGACCAGUACAACACCAUGAACUGUAACAUUGAUGGAGAUAUGGAGAAUCAAGUUGAACAAGAGGAGAGGACAAGACUCAUAAACCAAGUGCUGGAGCUUCAGCACACACUUGAGGAUCUUUCUGCACGUGUGGACGCGGUGAAGGAAGAGAAUCUCAAGCUCAAAUCGGAGAACCAAGUUCUUGGGCAAUACAUCGAGAACCUCAUGUCUGCCUCCAGUGUCUUCCAGACCACCGACACCAAAAGCAAACGAAAAUAAGUGACCAUGUGGAUCAUGGCUGCAUAGUCUGUCAUCUCUUCCCAACAUUCAAACUAAUAUCCAGUACAUCUAAGCUGCUGUUUGUUUUGUAUUUAUUUUUGAUUUUGUUCUGAUGCAUCUAUCAGCAUGGUAUGGGUAAUACUUGAAUGGACUUGAAUGGAACUGUGUUAUGAGGUAUGGAUGCAUGAUGCGUUUCACGAUCAGAAGUAGAACACUACCACAAGGUGUGAUGUAUUACUGUUAUUUUAGCAGGUACAUACAUUAGCAACUUAACUAACUUGUAAUAUUCAACCUUUUCAAAUAUGAGCGAGACAAAGUCUGGUUUUGAAAAGUAUUAUAAAGGAUUAAUACACUGAUAUAUUUUUUCAGCUGUGCUUUUUGCUGUUCAUUACUAAAAGCAAGACACUAAAGCACAGACUCAUUCAAUUUGCAUUAUGUUUUACACCGAUAUGUUCCCAGAUAUGAUAACACGUGAUAUCCCAUGAAUUUUGUUUUUGUGCAUGACUCUGAGCUAACGUCAAUAAGAAGGAUGGUUCUCUAAAUGACAGUGGCAAUAAUCUAAAGGAUGUCUUACCCGGCCCAUUCGUCAUUUAACUUGUAAUCAUACUGCCUUUUAUUUUUACAUUUUACAAUACAGUUUACUCUCUGGCCAUGCUUUCGAUCACCAUGUGUUGAGUUAUGCACUUACAGUGGAAGUCUAUGAGGCAACUGAUGUACACUUGCCCCAUAGCCGUCCAUAAGAAGUGAAAAAACUUGUGGUUAACGGAAGGUGUUGUUUUUAUUGAUUGUAGUUUUUAUUAGCUAAAUAUUGGUCCUUGUGAGUGCUUGUAUAGAUUAAAAAUGGCUCAUGUUGAUAACAUAAGUCUGUCAGUUGUUGUUCUUAUUGGAGGCAUUUAUACUACUAAAAAGUAUAAUCAUUUAAACUUUGAUUCAAAAGAUUGGUACCUGACAUACAAAUGUAAAUCUGACCAGCAAUCUUGGUAAAAUGGAUAAAUCAUACAAAUUCAUUGGUCAAAUAGUAUGGGAACUGAACUGAUGGCUGCAACAUCACAACAUAUUAAUUGGUCUGUUUAAUAUUAUUUUAAAGAAAUUUUACAUUCAUGAAGGUCAUUUAUGUUUGCAAGCACCCAAUGUAAGAUACUGCCUGUUGUAAAAGUGUACAUUUUAUUUUGUACAAUUAUGCCUUUUAAUAAAAAUAAUUUGCCUUUGCAU